AUGGAGUUUGCCAUGGUGGGCGCGGACGGCGGGUGCAACAGUCACCUGCCUUACGGAUAUGCCCAAGCUCGCGCACGGGAGAGGGAGCGCGAGAGGGAGCGACAGGCUGCACAGUCUAGAGCGGCGGCUGCAGCGGCCGCUGCCGAAGGUGGAUCCGGUGCGGAGGGAGGCGGCGGCGGUGGCGGCGGCGUGGGGGGGUCCACCUCCACCUCCUCCUCGAGCGCUCAUCUCCUUAACAACCGCCAGCAUCAGUCUCGCGCCGCCUCCUCCACGAACGCCAACAUCAGCAGCGGUACCGCCUCGCGCCCCUCCUCCUCCUCCACCUCCUCCUCGCAGCCGCCACAGCACCAGCAGGAGCCCGAGCAGCAGCAGAGAGUUCUCAGAGAGCGGAAAAAGCAGCGCGGCGUCGGACGGUGGAGACGCAGCCGGACGACUCUCGGCGGAGAUCUGCGCCACUCGGAGCUGGCGCUGCUCGGAUCCGAGGAGGACAUCAUGAUAGAGGAGGAAGAGGCCGAGGGAGCCGAGGAAGAGGAGGAGGAGGAGGGGGACCGGGGAAGCAAAAGGUCGAGCUUUCUGUGUAACAUGGAUGAUGAGGAGGAGACCGUGUCGAUCACUGACAGGCGCCCUCAGUCCGGAUACGAAAAUGUUUACAGCGAGUGCGGCUGCUGCGAGAGAGUUGUCAUCAACGUGUCGGGUCUGAAGUUUGAAACUCAGCUAAAGACUCUCACUCAGUUCCCGGACACUCUCCUGGGAGACCCCGACAAGCGAAUCAGGUACUUCGACCCGCUGAGGAACGAAUACUUCUUCGACAGGAACAGACCAAGUUUUGACGCCAUUCUUUACUAUUACCAGUCAGGGGGCCGGUUGAAAAGACCAGUCAACGUCCCGUUUGACAUCUUCUCCGAGGAGGUGAAGUUUUAUGAACUCGGGGAGGAGGCGAUACUCAAGUUUCGGGAGGAUGAGGGCUUUGUCAAAGAGGAGGAAAAACCUCUGCCAGAGGACGAGUUCAAGCGCCAAAUCUGGCUGCUUUUUGAGUAUCCGGAGAGCUCGAGUCCUGCCAGGGGGAUAGCAGUCGUGUCCGUCCUGGUCAUAGUCAUUUCUAUUGUCAUUUUCUGCCUGGAGACGCUGCCGGAGUUCAGGGAUGAUAAAGAGUAUCUACAGCCACGACACAACUCCACUCAACCUGACCACGGAUUUACUCCUUUCAACGACCCGUUUUUCAUCGUGGAGACGGUUUGCAUCAUCUGGUUCUCCUUUGAGAUUAUAGUUCGCUUCUUUGCGAGUCCAAGCAAAACCGCUUUCUUUAAAAACAUUAUGAACUCAAUAGACAUUGUAUCCAUUUUGCCUUAUUUCAUAACUCUCGGCACGGACCUGGCGCAGCACCAAGGCAACGGGCAGCAAGCGAUGAGCUUUGCCAUCCUGAGAAUAAUCCGCCUUGUCAGGGUGUUUCGCAUCUUCAAACUGUCCAGGCACUCCAAGGGGCUGCAGAUCCUGGGUCACACUCUGCGCGCCAGCAUGAGGGAGCUGGCCCUCCUCAUUUUCUUCCUGGUCAUUGGUGUCAUCCUGUUCUCCAGCGCGGUGUACUUCGCCGAGGCCGACGAGCCCACCUCCCAGUUCACGAGCAUCCCCGACGCUUUCUGGUGGGCCGUGGUGACCAUGACCACGGUGGGCUACGGCGACAUGAAGCCCAUCACAGUCGGUGGGAAGAUAGUGGGCUCCCUCUGCGCGAUCGCGGGCGUGUUAACCAUCGCGCUCCCGGUGCCGGUCAUAGUGUCCAACUUCAACUACUUUUACCACAGGGAGACCGACAACGAAGACCAGCCGCCGGUCGUAGAGAGCAUGCCCCCGGGCUGCCCUUACUUCCCGGACUUUCUAAGGAAAUUCAAAGGCUCGCCCUCUGGAUCCUCGCUGGGUGACAAAGCGGAGUAUAUGGAGAUGGAGGAGGGGGUAACGGAGUCGCUUUGCGGCCUGGACAAGAGCCCCAGUAAAGGAAACGGCACAGACAUAAGCAGAAAAAACAGUACUAACUCAAAAUCCAUUCAGACUGACGUGUGA